GGCUUGCUCAUUUCCCAGGUGAAACACGGAAAGCCAUUACGGUUCAGGUAUAAAUUGCUGGACAAGGCUCACAGACCCCUGGGAGAUAUGCAAGGCAUCAUGUUUUGUCCGCUGACUCUUCUCUUGUGUAUAGUUGUGGUUUGCUUCUUUCCAGGAAUAUCUGGACAAGCUCAAGGAAUCGCUGGACACUCUAAAGGUGCAGCUAGACACUCUCAUGGAAUCGCUGGACAUUCUGUAGAACUUGACGGUCACUCUCGAGGAAAACCUGGACCGGCUGAAGGAAUAGCUGGACAAUCACCCGGAGGUGUUCAGGAUGCAGCUACGAAAACCAAGAACAACACACAAGUCAACAAAGAAAUAUCUGAGGGAGUUGAAACAUUCCUUGCGGAGGGUGUUAAAACCAUGUUGCGACAACAAGAGAUGCUGAUGAAGAAGCUGGUGGCGGUAUCCUCAACACUGGAAGGAAAAAUUGCCAUGUUAAACCACACACUGGAGUACUUAGUAACUCUGAUGGAAGAUGAAGAUGAUGAUGAUGAUGAUGAUGAUGAUGAUGAUGAUGAUGAUGAUGAUGAUGAUGAAGAUGAGAAGGAAGAUGGUGAGCAGUUUCGAAGACACACUCGCAAACGUAUGGAUUCUCCUCGCAAACGGAUGGACUCUCCUCGCAACAGGACGAACUCUCCUCGUAACAGGAUGGAUUCUCCUCGUGACAGGAUGGACUCUCCUCGCAAGCAGAUGGACUCUCCUCGCAAACAGAUGGACUCUCCUAGGAAUAGCAUGGACUCUUCCCGCAAACAGAUGGACUCUCCUCGCAAUAGGCAGCACAGACGACCUGAGUUCCUUACUCGUCCGUAACGUCGGUGAGUUAGUCACGAAGUAGGGGAGUAUUAUCAGGGCGCCUUCGUCCGAAGUACCCGUAUACCAUCUGGCAAAUAAAGAAAAUAAAUCAUUGAUAAAUC